AUGUUCCUCACUGCAAGCGUUGCAGUGAGAAAAAUUGCACAGUUGGUCAGACUGGGCAGAAGACCGGUGCAGCAAGGACGGGCAGCAGUGGAGCUUCAAGUGAGGCGCUUUGCCCCCUGGGGGGCAAAGGAUCAACACAAGGAGGAGGAGGAGCAGCACCUUCAAGUGAGGCGCUUUGCCCCCUGGGGGGCAAAGGAUCAACACAAGGAGGAGGAGGAGCAGCACCUUCAAGUGAGGCGCUUUGCCCCCUGGGGGGCAAAGGAUCAACACAAGGAGGAGGAGGAGCAGCACCUUCAAGUGAGGCGCUUUGCCCCCUGGGGGGCAAAGGAUCAACACAAGGAGGAGGAGGAGCAGCACCUUCAAGUGAGGCGCUUUGCCCCCUGGGGGGCAAAGGAUCAACACAAGGAGGAGGAGGAGCAGCACCUUCAAGUGAGGCGCUUUGCCCCCUGGGGGGCAAAGGAUCAACACAAGGAGGAGGAGGAGCAGCACCUUCAAGUGAGGCGCUUUGCCCCCUGGGGGGCAAAGGAUCAACACAAGGAGGAGGAGGAGCAGCACCUUCAAGUGAGGCGCUUUGCCCCCUGGGGGGCAAAGGAUCAACACAAGGAGGAGGAGCAGCACCUUCAAGUGAGGCGCUUUGCCCCCUGGGGGGCAAAGGAUCAACACAAGGAGGAGGAGCAGCACCUUUGA